AUGGCACUUUUGCUGGAGCAGCAGUUUGCGCCGCUGUCUGACACCAACGAGAUCGACACGAAAACAUUUCUGGAGUCAGUUUCUUAUCUGCCACCUUUUUUCGAUUGCCUUGGUUCCAAGGUUUUUGCACCGAUUAAGGCUGACAUAAAUGGAAACAUCACAAAAAUUAAAGCUGUCUAUGACUCAGAUCCAGUGAAGUAUGAGACUCUUCAGCAGAUUCUGUUAAUCGAGAAAAGCACCUAUGGCUCAGAGUGGCCUAAAGUUGGAGCCACACUGGCGCUUAUGUGGUUAAAGAGAGGCCUGCGGUUCAUUCAGAUUUUACUGCAAAGUCUAGCGGAUGGAGAAAGAGAUGAGAACAAUCCCAAUCUUAUUCGCAUCAAUAUCACCAAAGCCUAUGACCAAGCCCUUAAGAGGUACCACGGCUGGAUAGUCCAGAAGGUUUUCAAGGCUGCGUUAUUUGCUGCACCAUGCCGGUCAGAUUUUCUAAAAGCUUUAUCCAAGGAUCAAGAAGUUGCAGAGGAGGAUUGCUUAGCAAAAAUUCGUCAGUUCUUGAUAAACUUCACUGCAACUGUAGAUGCCAUUUAUGAAAUGUAUUCUGCAAUGAAUGCUGAACUGGACUACUUAGUUUGAAACAUCCUUCAAAAGAAUGGCCAUUCCUGUUGGAAACCUCUGCUGCAGUUUGUUAACAGUGUACAUGGUAACUGGCUUCUACACGUCUAAACAGGUCACUGACUUGGAUUAGCAGCAAAUCAGCUCAUUGGAACUUUUUGGACAGUUCUUUUUUAUUUUUUCAGCUAAUAACCAUUUUAGGCCUUGUUAAAAUCGGUAGGCCUACAUGCUAAAUAUGGCACCAUCUAUAUGCACUUUGCAGACAAAGCAGCUUUUGGUUUUUAUAAAAGACAUAGUGGAUACAUAGAAAGCAAAUUUUCAACAGUGCAAUUAUUAAAAAGAAAGAAUUGCUUUUAUGUGUGGUGAUAAAUAAUGUAAAGGCAGCUCUUUCCUAGGUGUGAACAUUUUGUGAACACAGGACAUUGUUCUUUUAUCACACUUACUAUAUAUUGUUUCUCUCCAACCGUUCUUAAAUUAUCUAUGAAC